GUAGGGUUACGGUUUCACUUUAUUGAGGGUUGAAGCAGCCGCUGAAGUCCUUUCAGUUCGUUUGGGGACGAAAUACACCCCGCGGUGCAGUUUCAUAUCAUUAGCAGAUCAGUCAUGGUGAAGUAUUCCAAGGAGCCAGAUAACACAACCAAGUCCUGCAAGGCCAGGGGCUCGGAUUUGAGAGUUCAUUUCAAGAACACUAGAGAGACUGCCCAUGCAAUUAGAAAGUUGCCUUUGACCAAGGCUAAAAGGUAUUUGGAAGAUGUGUUGGCCCACAAGCAAGCCAUUCCAUUCCAACGCUUCUGUGGGGGUGUUGGUCGAACUGCUCAAGCAAAGAACCGUCAUCCAAAUGGACAGGGACGUUGGCCUAUUAAGUCUGCCAAAUUCAUUCUAGAUUUGCUUAAGAAUGCUGAGAGUAAUGCAGAUGUGAAAGGUUUGGAUGUGGAUUCAUUGUAUAUUUCCCACAUCCAGGUAAACCAGGCUCAGAAGCAGAGGCGCCGCACUUACCGAGCUCAUGGGAGAAUCAACCCCUAUAUGUCUUCUCCCUGCCACAUUGAGUUGAUCUUGUCUGAAAAGGAAGAAGCUGUAAAGAAAGAGCCUGAGACUCGGCUAGCUCCAAGAAAACCCCAAAAGGCUCAAGCUCUAAGAAGUGGGGCUUCUUCUUGAGCAGUGGGGUACAGGGAUUCGUUGCUAAAGGAUGGUCUUAAUCAUUGCAACUUCUCUUUAGAGGACGAUUUUUGUUUCUUUUGGAUCAAACUUUGUUAUUAGGAGGUAAUGAGAUCUGUUGUUAUUAAACAAAAUUUGCUAGUUAUAUUUUGGUUUGGUUGCUAUGUGGAAUUUUGUACCAUGAUGAAAUAGUUAAAUAUUAAAUGAUCAGUAAAAAGUGGGGCGAAUAGGACAUUUGGGAGUCUUGUCAUUUAAUUCUGCCAAAUAUCUUCAAGGGCGACCCUUUUGUCA